AUAUCAGUACACAAAACGCUGCACAGCCAAUCACAUUCGAGACCAGGAACUAGUAUGAGCGUCAAUAGAGUAAGAUGAUUUUCCUGAUGGUUUAUAGUUUUCAGCAUCCACCAGCAGAAGUGACUGGACAAGGAGAGGCAGCUAAGUGAUAUCUGAGACAUUACACGUGCGAUUUAAUUCCCUAACAGUGUGAAGGCCAAUAAAUAGUUCCUUAUAACUGGUCAGUGUUUAUGUUGCUCGCGUUUGUCGAGAUUCCGCGUGUGCAGCACUGACACUAGAGCGCGCGCGCGUGCCGCGGACGGUGACGUACUGCACUGCAGGAGUUACUGGAGUCUUAAAAAAAAAAAAAGAGUUACUGGAGUCACAUUUACUCGGGGUGCUUAUAAACACACUCCUAUUGUGGUGCCAAUGAUCAUCCCGUCCCUCUCUGUGAAUAAAGCACAGGAGUGACCGCGCGGACAGAUGCAGCUGUUGCGUGCGCGUGCCCGUGCAGGACAGAUGUGCUCCAUCAAGACUUCUCCAGGAGGAGACUUCAUCUGAUCCACUCUCGGGCGGAGGGUCUGCCUUCGGCCCCGCCUCCUGCAGCUCAUAUGUAUUUAUAGCUUUAUUGCUACAGUGUAAGUCGUCAGCGCAGUGUAUUUGCAUUCACAGCGGACUCAGAGGAGAUCCACACGCGAUCAGCAUGACUGAGACUCAGUCCGACUCCGAGCCACACACGAUCAGCAUGACUGAGACUCACCCCGACGGCGAGCCGACUCCUGCCGCGGCCGCGCCGGAGGAGAAGCAGCAGGAGAACGGCGGCUCCGGGGUCUCCGAGGCGCCGGCGGAGUUCGAGCCCCCGGAGGGCGGCUGGGGGUGGGUGGUGAUGCUGGCCUCCAUGUGGUGCAACGGCUCGGUGUUCGGCAUCCAGAACGCCUUCGGUAUCAUGUUCGUCGCGCUGCUGAAAGAGUUCGGCUCCGACAAGGACAACGACGAAGACCUACGCUUCAAAACAGCAUGGGUCGGCUCUCUCUCGAUGGGCAUGAUCUUCUUCUGCUCUCCGAUCGUCAGUGUGUUCACGGAUCUGCUGGGAUGCCGGAUCACGGCUGUUGGAGGAGCUGCGGUCGGGAUUGUGGGACUUCUGGCCAGUUCCUUCGUCACGUCUCUCGAGCCGCUGUACUUCACCUACGGCGUAGUCUUUGCAUGCGGCUGCAGUUUUGCGUAUCAGCCGAGUCUGGUGAUCCUGGGUCACUACUUCAAGAAGAGACUGGGCCUGGUGAACGGCAUCGUGACGGCGGGCAGCAGCGUGUUCACCAUCACACUCCCGUACUUGAUGUCAGCCCUGCUGGAGCGCGUGGGACUCCAACACACGCUUCGAGUGCUGGCCAUCUUCAUGUUCAUCCUCAUGCUGGCGGGACUCACCUACAAACCCCUCCUCCCCAAACCCGUCAGCAGCAGCAAGUCGGGCAGCCGGUGCCCCUCGCCCAGAAAGCUGUUUAACGUGCACAUCUGGAAGUCUCUUGGAUACCGCAUAUGGGCCUUUGGGAUCCCUGCGGCGCUGUACGGGUACUAUGUGCCUUACGUUCAUCUGAUGAAGCAUGUGGAGGAGCGCUUCGGAGAGGACGCUAAUAAAGAGGUCCUGCUGACGUGUCUCGGCAUCACGUCCGGCGUGGGGCGCCUCAUCUUCGGCAGAGUGGCGGACUAUGUGCCCGGGGUCAACAAAGUCUUCCUGCAGGUGUCCUCCUUCAUGGUGAUCGGGGUGAUGUCCAUGAUGAUUCCUCUGUGCCACGUGUUCGGCGGGCUGAUCGCCGUCUGUCUGCUCAUGGGUCUGUUCGACGGCUGCUUCAUCUGCAUCAUGGCUCCCAUCGCCUUUGAGCUGGUCGGCUCCCAGAACGUGUCGCAGGCCAUCGGCUGCCUCCUGGGCAUGAUGUCCAUCCCGAUGACCGUCGGGCCGCCCAUCGCAGGGUUCCUGAGAGACCGGCUGGGCAACUAUGACGUGGCGUUUUACCUGGCGGGUAUUCCUCCGCUCAUCGGCGGGGCCGUGCUGUGUGUGAUCCCGUGGGUGGAGGCCCGGAGGAAGAAGGAGGCCGACGCCACAGCCGAAACCACGGAGAACAUGCUGGAGCACAAGAGCCACACGGACGCCAAGAACCAAGACCCCGAAUCUGUCAUCUGAGAAACAUUCACAGCACAGAGACUGACCGAUGUGUGUGUUCAGGAGAACAUGCUGCAGCACAAGAGCCACACUGACGUCAAAAACCAAGACCCCGAAUCUGUCAUCUGAGAAAUAUUCACAGCGCAGAGACUGAUGUUUGUUCAGAUGUGUGUGUGUGUGCUAUGUAAUUUUAUAUCCGUCUAUAUGAAUGUGAUUCUUGAGCUAUGCAUCUCUCAGAAAAAUAUUUUUGUACUGAACUUUUAGGGUUUAAAGGGGAAAUGGUGUAGCGUGAACAAUCAAAGAAGGGAAGCCCUGAAACCUUCACCAUGAGGAGAUUCAUGGGAUCUUAUAUUAACCAGUUAGAAAGUAUUGGUAUGUUUCCGUUGUUCUUAUACUCGAGCUUGUUUUACGUCAGACUAUAAUGAGAAACUCGUAUGAUUGUUUUAAUUGGGAAAGUUAGCCAUAUGUCUUAAUUUCUUCCUGUACUGGAAAGAUUCGAAGGAUGUUUAUGCAGAUGAGCGCUUUAUUAGAGCAGACGUCGUGCGUUAUAUGCAAUUAUAUAAGGGAUAUAUCCUCUGAGGAAACAUUAAUGCUGUUUUAACGUGUAGAGCAGACAGAAAUGAUGUAGUUUGAUGAAUCCCAGUGUUUUUCUCGGGUUUGUAGCUUUACCAACCAGGGCAGAUAUCAGCAUAUUAGUAUAAUAAUGAACUGGGAUUGUUUGCUAUGCAAUGAGGUUGCAUUGAUUUUUCUUUAACAAUGUUCAACAAGACAAUAGUGUUGAUUGGUUAGAUUGAGCCAAGCUGCCAUUGUGAUCUCAGAGUUUCCCCUUUAUUUCGACUGCAUGACUGAAAAACAGCACUUCCGCAGAGGCGUUUUAUUUGGUAUGAAUGUCUGAGUCUCAUGCAUGAUGGGUAUGGCUGCGUGUAAUCAGAUGAUCCAUAGGGGUGUUAUUCUGGUCCAGUGAUCUACCUCGAUUGACAUUCGUCCUCAUAUGUUCCUCUGAGGAUCAUAAACUCACCAAGUGCCCGUGCCACUUAUCCCACAUCACAUGUUUUUAUGAGUAUUACUAAUUGUGUCACAUAUGUAUUGCCACAAUCUUCGUUAGUGCCUUGGGAAUGUGAUUAUUGGACAGAGAUGAAGUAUUGAUUUGACAAUGAACUUGUUAUAUUCGUUCCAGUUGAAGACUAACCCUAACCUGAACAUUUCAGAGGAAAAGCUUGAUCUUUUCCGAGCGUCUCUUAACACUUGAUUGGUUUAUUCAUUUUGGUAUUGAAACCAUUUCCAUGUUUUUGGGAAGAUUUUUUUUACUUUUUGUACAUGAUCAUUUUUGUACUUGUUUUAUUUAUGCUGUUGACGUAAAUCACUGUUGCACGCCAAACCAGAGAAAGUUCUGCUUCGUGUAACCUCAUAUUCUGCGAUGAGCGCUGCAGUGAUUUACUCGGGGUUAUAAUACAUGUAAAAUAACUUGUAAAGUUUCUCCAGACCUCAGCUAAACACCAAUAUUACUGACUUCAGUUCUUGAGGACUUUAUUGAAAUCUUAUUGUCCAUUUAUCUGUGAUUGUAACAUUUAAAAGUAAAGCAAAAUAUACCGUUGCACUUACAGUGUACUUACCAAAGUUAGUAUGUAGUUAUUGUAAUGAUUAUAGUUCGUACACGUGUACAUGCGGAACAGGACUGUAAAAUAAAGUGCUUUCAUAACAAACUGUCAGUACCAUGAACUGUUUUUCCAGAUGGUUGAACACAUAUUAUGAUUCUGCAGCUUCGUUUUAGUGACCUUAUGACUUGCAUGAUUUUACCUUCUGUUAUUUCUUGUUGUAUGUACAACACACUUGCGAUAAAUGAAUACAACAAUAAAGAAAACAUUAUUGGUUUUAUUAAUGAAAUGGUUUUCAGAUAAUCGUUUUUUUUUACACAAUUUUAUUUGCUAAAAUCAACGUUUUUAUUCAUAAAUAUGUCCUCAUUGGUGUAAGAUAACCUCUGCCAAUGAUCAGAUUUCUUAUAAUCAAUAAAGCUAUUAAUACAAAUUGUUCUUCUUGUAAACAGCACUCAGAGACACUAUACGUUUAUUCUGGCUUUGCCAUUAUAAUUAUUAUGGAAAUAUUUCUUCUAAUACGUGUAUAUUUAGAUUUUUUUUUUUUUAACAAAAUGUAAUAUACACAAAUAUCAGAAAGCACUUUGUUUUGUUCGCUGAAGUUAUUUUGGGACUCUUUCUAACUCGUGGAUAGUCUCUAAACAGUCGAAAUAAACCCCUGUGUUUUACAGUCCCACUGUGUUUGACCUUUUUGUCUUGUUUUUCUGGUUUGUUUCGGCUGUGUUGUGACUGCUUCUGUCUUUGUACAUGUAAUGUUUUUAUUGAAUUAAACAGAUCUCGGAGGGA